AUGCCCUCUCAACACUACCCACGGCAUCUGUCCGCGUAUUCUGGCAUCGAGCCACGGCUGCGGCCAAUGCGUUCAACGCAUCACCGCACCAAGCAGUCUCAGCUCUUUCCGUGCGUGGCCUUCGAAAACGGGUGGGGAAAAUCUAUCCUGUGCGCCUGUUCCGACUGGCUCCGCGCGAGGACGGCACCCGCCCGCUCUGACGACGUCCGUGGGCACUCGAAUGACGAGCGUAACGAUGGCGCGGACCACCAAGGGAAUCUCACCGUCAAACUUUCUGUGGCCCGCCCCAUCCCGCCACCACCUAUCCCGCCUCACGACGAGGGGCGCCCCCGGCGCCCAAAAGCCGGCCUGUACUAUGGCAAACCCAUGCACACCCAGAGGGGAGAACGCUGGGCAUACACACGCCCUGGUCCAACGACAACAAAGGCCGCCAUGGCAGGCAGAAGCAGACGCACGCGUAGCGAGCGAAGUGCAGGACCCUACUCGACUCCCGGCCACUUCGGCAACGCCUUCUGGAGCGCUCACUGCGACCUCGGUAAUGACAAGAUACAAACCUGCGCCGUCUCUUCCGCUGCCAUGCAACCGGUCUUUGAGGAGCGCAUGAACCCAGCCGCCCAUUCACCGCCAAACUUCCAUGCCCCAGCCACCAUUGCCGCCAGCACCAACGUUCGCAACCCAAAUUCAGUGGAGGACGCCGCACCGCCGGACGAGACCUUCCACGACCCGAUGCUCGGGGCUAACCGCAUAAGCUACGUGCUCUACGCCGCCAACAGGGUCCUCCUGUUUUUGGGCCCAUACGGUCUACAUGCCCAUCUCACAUGCCUGUACAACUACGCCGGACAAAAGCAACCCCUCACGAAUGCACUCAAGACAUACCUGAUCACCUUCAACGUCCUUCCAGCCCGCGCUGUUACCCUGCGUUUUGGAGACACGGCCCUCACGUACGUCCGCAAACUGACAUAUUACGUCGGGAUUCCGCCCAAGUCUGACGUGCGGACCAUCUGCAUGUGCCUGUACGAGAAGAUCAAGACGAGGCCUACGCGCGCGUCGUGGUGGACAAUCACCGGCAUGUGUAACGUACUCAAAGACCUUCUGCCCGCGGUCGCACGGCUCCUGUAUACGGCUCGUGUCGACGCACUGCUAUGCGCCGGUGCGGACGUGGUCCCGGACAUGGACGACCGAUCCACUUGCCUCGUACCCCCACCGUGA